AUGGAAUGGAAUUUGGGCUCACAUCCUCAGGGAAUCAAAAUCAUUUUGGAAAGCACCCAAAGAACUAGGACUAUAAGCAUUAACAGGAAAACAAUAGUAGAGCGUCCAAAAGAUUCAAACAGCAGGAAGAUAACUUUGCCAAAAAACAGAUCUUGCCCAAAUAUAUGUGCUGCAACAAAUCUGGAAUUAAAUCCAAAAGAAAACAAGAGAAGAAAUAUUCCUGCUUGUACAUACAAUUUCAGCAAAGAUUUGACAAGAAAGGGCAGCAAUGAGUUAAAAUCCUCCUCCAAAAUAUCUCCUGAGGAGGAAGGGGAUUAUGAGACUGUAAGUAGUUCGACUCUGGAGGCUAUCCAUGCUUUGAGAAUUCUUCCUGCCAAGCCUCUACAAGAAUCUGAAUAUGCAGACACACGUUGUUUAAAGUCUUUAGGUACCACUUCCCAUAUGACUAACCAGCACACAUCUUCUCAGCCUCCUCAAUACCUGACCAAACACACGUCUGUUCUAGAGGGGAAGAGCGUGCCAAAUGUUAAAGGACAAAGAGCGAACAUAAAUGAAUGCCAGAAUCCUACACCUCCUCCAAGGCCUCUAAAGACACUGCCAAAGCAGUAUCAGCCACUUCCUCCAGAACCGAAGAUAAGCAGCCAGCUUUCUCACACACAGAAAACGUUCAGCCAAGCUCAUACCUUUCCAAUAUCAGCAAAAAUCACAAGACAUCUAUCUGUUAAGGAAAUCAAUGAAGCACCCAGAAGAGAACAAGUAGCAGAUUUGGGGAAGAAACUUGAAUUAAAUUUCCAAGCAGAACAGUAUAAACCAAAAUAUCAUCCUGAAGACAGAAUUCCAUGUCCACUAAAGAGUUCUAAAAAUGUUUGCAGCUCAGGGUCCACGUUAAACGUAGAGAGUUUGUCAGUUAAGAGGUCACCAUCUCCUACACGGCUCCUAUCGUACGAAAAUAAAUCAAAACAUUCAUUUGUAAAACAGGAAAUGAAAUCUCUUACUCUGCCUAUUGAAAAGGAUUUAAACAAAUACGACUGGUACAUUGGAGAAUAUGAUCGCCGUGAAGCAGAAGAGGCAUUGUUAAGGGAAAACACUGAUGAGACAUUCCUAGUCCGAGAUUGUUCAAAGAAAUCAAAUGCUGAACCGUAUGUUUUGGUCGUCUAUUAUGGAAAAAAGGUAUACAACAUUAAAGUACGUUUUCUGGAAGACAGCCAACAGUAUGCACUGGGAACAGGGCUCAGAGGGGAUGACAAAUUUAAUUCUGUGAAAGAAAUCAUUGACUUCUACAAAUAUGUUCCCAUCACACUUAUUGAUGGAAAGGACAAAUCAGGAAUCCAGAGAGAACAGUGCUACCUUACAUAUCCAUUCAAGUUGCACAAAAGAUGCUUUCUGCCUUAA